GGGGGUGUACUCCUCCUAUAAAAGACUGGAGGAAUUGAUGCAACGGCAGAUCGACUCUCAGUCCCCAACCGAGAAACAUCAUGGCCAAGUUCCUGUGCCUCCUUGCCCUGUGCGCCGUGGCCACCGCCACCCCCAUCAUCCCCGGCAUGAACCUGGGCCUGGGCAGCAGCUCCGGCCUGGCUUCCGGUCUGAGCAGUCUCUCCUCCCUGCCCGCUAGCUUCGCCAACCUCGGUGCUGGUCUCGCCGGCCAGGCCGCGAGCCUCGGCGCUGGUCUCGCCCAGCAGGCCGCCACCGUCGGUACUGGUCUUGCCGGACAGGCCGCCACCGCUGGUCUCUCUGCCGCUCAGCAGGCUCUGGCCACUGGUACUGGCCUCGCUAGCGAGGCCGCCAACCUCGGUGCUGGUCUCGCCCAGCAGGCCGCCGCCGUCGGUACUGGUCUUGCCGGCCAGGCUGCCAACGCUGGUCUCUCUGCCGCCCAGCAGGCCGCUGGCUCUCUUGGUGGACUCGCCGGUCUCAGCAACGGCUUCGUGGGCCUGGCUAACCCCCUGUCCCUGAGCAGGCAGACCCGUGAUGUCAGCGUGUCCGUUGACGGAUCCGCUCUCUCCGACGCCGCCCAGGCCGCCAGCGGCGCCCUCAGCUCCGCCGCCGACAAAGCUGCCGACGUCGCCGCCAGCGCCGUCAACGCUGGUUCCAACGCCCUCAGUGCCGCCGUCGGCACCGGCGCUGACCUCUUCAACGCCAAGCUCGCCGUCGAGGGAGCCCUCCUGAACGCUGCUUCCGAUGUUGCUGGUGAGGCUGUCCAGGCUGGUCUCAAUGCCGCCGGUUCCGUCGCCGACACCGCCUCUAAGGUCGCCUCCAACGCCGUCGCCUCUGGCUCCGACGCCAUCAGCGCCGCUGUCAACACUGGUGCCGACCUCUUCAACGCCAAGCUCGCCGUCGAGGGCGCUCUCCUGAACGCCGCCACUGACGUUGCUGGUGACGUCGUCAAGGCUGGCCUCCAGGCCUCUGGAGCCGCUGCCGACACCGCUGCUGACGUCGCCGCCAACGCCGUCGCCGCUGGUUCCAAGGCCAUCAACGCCGCCGUCGGCACUGGCGCCGACCUCUUCAAGGCCAAGCUCGCCGUCGAGGGAGCCCUUCUCGGAGCUGCCGCUGAUGUUGCUGGUAAAGCCGCGGGUGUCGCCGGCAACAUGGCCAGCCAGGGAGCCCAGCUUGCCGCUGGUGUUGCCGACACUGGCAUCGCCGCCGGCCAGAACCUCCUGAAGUCCGGCAUCGCCGCUGCUGAGGAAGUCGCCCAGACUGGUGCUGGCAUCGCCGCCAAGGUUGCCGAGGCCGGAUCCGGUCUGUUCGGCACCGCCCUCAACAUGGGUCUGGGAGGCGUCAGGGCCGCCGCUGGCCUCGCCAACUCCGCCGUCGACGCCGCCGCCAACGCCGGCCGCUCUGCCGCUGGUGCCGUCGGUGCCGCCGCUGGCGGUCUCGGCUCCCGCUCCGGCUCCCUCUCCCUCCCCAGCUUCGGCGUGUCCUUCGGUUAAGCGAUUUAAACUUAAUCUCGCCAAUUGACCGCAGACUGUGCCAAGAGAGCAGCAAAUAAAUGGCAAUUUGAGAAAA